ACCAGACGUCCUUGGUCAUGUUCCAAUGUAAUAUGUAUCGUGUCAAGUAGUCCAUUUAUAUAUUCAUCCAUAAUUAUAUAGAGCAUCUCAAAAUGGCAGUAUUAUUAAACCACUCUUACUCAAACCACAUACUUAACAUGGUGUCAGGUGUAAAAUAGUAGUAAAAGUUAUAACACGUUUCUUUACUAAGGUGAACAUGGAAAAUUUCAAGCCCCCAUCAUCAUUGAAUCUAAGCGAAGACGUCGCAGAGAACUGGAAGUUAUUUAAACAACGAUUCCAAAUAUUUUUGGAGGCAACCGAAUAUACUAAAAAAUCGGGGUCAGUUCAAGUGGCUAUGUUAUUAAACACGAUCGGUGACGAUGGGCUGCAGCUGUUCAAUACAUUUAAUCUCUCGAAUGAAGACAGAAAAGAUAUUGGGAAAGUGUUACAAUGCUUCGAAGACCACUGCAUACCGAGAAAGAAUCAGGUCUUUAACAGAUACAAAUUCUUUAACCGCAACCAGGCGGAGGGUGAGUCAUUCGAUAACUUUCUUACAGAUUUAAAGAAAAUAGCAAAAAUAUGUGAGUUUGAAAAACAAGAAGAGAGCCUGGUGCGGGAUAAAAUAAUACUGGGCAUUAGAGAUAGAGGACUACAGGAAGCACUGUUGAGAGAAGCUGACAUAAAUCUGGAGAAGGCUAGCAACUUGUGCCGAGCAGCUGAAGUCAGCAAACAACAGGUGAAAUUAAUGCGUGAAGGUAAAGGAAAUGAACUAAAUAUUAAUAAAUUAAAAAUUGGACAUAGUAAAAAAGGGACCAAUAGCGGUAGUUCUGAAAAUGGUCAUAAUGAUAACUAUCAGUGUAAAAAAUGUGGUAAGACUCAUGCAAUUCGUGCUUGUCCUGCCUAUGGGCUUAAAUGUAACCAGUGUGGUCGGUUUAACCAUUUUAAAGUAGGGUGUAAACAGGCUAGGGCGACACAAGUCGGGCGAUGGAGAAAAGCUGACAAAAAAGGUGUCAACGAAUUAGAUUUUAAUAAUGAACGAGAUGAACCUGAACAGGCAUGGUUUACAAACGAAUUGACAGUGCGAAGUAUAAAAUCAGGUGCUUUAAGUAAAAGUUGGACACAUGCGAUAAUGUUAGACAAUCGGUUAUCGGUGGACUUUAAAAUUGAUACAGGAGCAGACAUUAAUGUUCUUCCGUAUAAUUAUUAUAAGACUUAUUUUAGCAGGUUUAGCCUAAAGGAGACUAAUUCUGUGUUAAUAGCAUAUGGUGGUUUGGGUAAGCUGCCUUUUAAUUACAAAAUUUGCCUCUCGGAGAAUGCAGUUCCUACUGUAAAGCCAGCUCGAAGAUAUGCCUCCUGCAUAAAGGAAAAACUGCAAGCAGCGUUAAAAACAUUAGAAGACCAGACCAUCAUAUCCAAGGUGACGCGACCAACUGACUGGGUGAAUGAUAUAAUAAUCGUGGAGAAGAAAAAUGGGUCCAUACGAAUAUGCCUCAACCCAUCGCAGUUAAAUAAGGUUAUCAAGAGAGAACAUCAUGUAAUACCGACAAUGGAAGAGCUUCGUACAAACUUAGCUGGUAAAAAAGUCUUUAGUGUAUUAGAUAUGAAGGAUGGGUUUCAUCAAAUACCUCUUGAUGAUGAAUCAUCUUACCUAUGUACCUUUGCAACACCGUUUGGUCGUUACAAAUAUAACAGAUUACCUUUUGGUUUAAGUUCAAGCCCUGAAAUAUUUCAAAGGGAAUUAGAACGUAUUUUUGGUGAUUUGGAAGGUGUACAGGUAUACUUCGAUGAUCUCAUAAUAGCAGCAGAGGACGAGGUAACUCAUGACAAAAUCUUUAGUAAAGUAAUGGAUAAAGCGAGUCAAUAUAAUGUAAAAUUUAACUACUCUAAGAUUCAGUAUAAAGUUGGGAAAGUUAUGUACUUAGGUUUAAUAUUUAAUGAACAGGGUGUUCGUCCUGAUAGCAAACAGUUAGAAGCUAUUGCUAAGAUGCCUAAUCCAGUUAAUAAAAAAGAGCUUCAGAGAUUUUUAGGAUUAGUCAAUUAUUUCCACUCUUUUAUACCAAAAUUAUCUGAAUUAACGAAUUCAUUAAGGUUAUUGUUAAGAACUAACCAAGAUUGGCAGUGGACCAACAGGCAACAAACAGCAGUAGAUCAAAUAAAAUUAAAAUUAAUUAAUAUCACGACUUUAAAGCAUUUUAAUCCAAAAGAAAAUAUAGUAAUUCAAACUGAUGCGAGUAAUCAUGGAAUUGGCCAUAAAAUUCGCGUGAUCUCAUUGUUGCAAAACAAAAUAAUUAGAAUGAAUUACUAUAAAUUUUCCUUUCUGGGUUCUUUAAUGUACUAG